GCGUGUAAAUGGUGCGGAACCACUAAGUGAAAUGUAACGUCUGGGUUUGGGUUUAACUGGAAAAGUGUGUAUUUGUUUGAUCCAAACAAGGAAAUAUAGAUCAACGGACAAUUUAACGUAGGUAUUCAUACCCUUAACCAAAAAUUAUUUGUUUUGGUUAAACCAAGACACUGAUUCGAUCCACUCUGGGCUCAGUGACGUUACAUUAAGAAUAAUACCCGUUGAUCUUCCGUGUCGCUUCUGACUAAGUAAACAUGUAUCAACCAGCUGCAGUGGGAACGGGGGAACCACUCCCACUCCUCCUCGUCCACCACCUGCUGGGAGACGCAGAGCAGCCACAACAUACCUACCAGGGUUCCUGCGGGGUUUAAAGCGGGUCAGCUCGCAGGCUGACAAGCAUGGACAACAAAUCGUUCACCAAGGAGGUGGAUGGAUGGAUCGAACAGCUGAAUGAGUGCAAGCAGCUAACAGAGAACCAGGUUAAACUCCUGUGUGAGAAGGCCAAAGAAAUUCUUACAAAGGAGUCCAAUGUACAGGAGGUGAGAUGUCCGGUGACCGUCUGUGGAGAUGUCCACGGGCAGUUUCAUGACCUGAUGGAGCUGUUCAAGAUUGGAGGGAAGUCUCCAGACACCAAUUACCUCUUUAUGGGAGACUAUGUCGACAGAGGCUACUACUCCGUGGAGACAGUGACACUGCUGGUUUCACUUAAGGUACGAUUUCCUGAAAGAAUCACAAUUCUCAGAGGGAACCACGAGAGCAGACAGAUCACACAAGUGUAUGGUUUCUACGAUGAGUGCCUGAGGAAGUAUGGAAACGCUAAUGUCUGGAAGUACUUCACAGACCUGUUUGACUAUCUGCCCCUCACCGCACUAGUAGAUAACCAGAUUUUCUGCCUUCAUGGAGGAUUGUCCCCCUCUAUAGACACACUGGAGCACAUCAGAGCGCUGGAUCGGUUACAGGAGGUACCUCAUGAGGGUCCCAUGUGUGACUUAUUGUGGUCAGACCCAGAUGACCGCGGUGGCUGGGGAAUUUCCCCCCGUGGUGCCGGCUAUACAUUUGGCCAGGACAUAUCUGAAACUUUCAACCAUGCAAACGGCUUAACUUUAGUUUCAAGAGCCCACCAGCUGGUGAUGGAGGGUUUUAAUUGGUGCCAUGAUCGCAAUGUGGUGACAAUUUUCAGUGCACCAAAUUACUGUUAUCGUUGUGGAAACCAGGCAGCGAUCAUGGAGCUUGAUGACACCCUGAAGUACUCCUUCCUCCAGUUUGACCCUGCACCUCGCAGAGGAGAGCCUCAUGUAACUAGGCGCACACCAGACUACUUCAUGUAAACAUCACUGGUAGGAGGCUGCACAGAGGCCGGAGAAAAGGAGAAUGUACUGGGACACAGGCUUUGUGCCAUUAUAUUGACUUUCACACACACCUUCUCGAUUUGUACCUAUCUGUGCAUGACUUAAAUGCUAGGAAUGAUGGCCACUCUUUACUGUACUGUUACACUACCUGUUGGUAUGUCAGGAAAUGAAGAAUAUUCCUUAUGAAUCAGACUGUUUGGCCAAAUAAAGUCUUUGCACUGCAUCUGUUGUUUGGCAUGGCCUCUAACUCGAAGAUGCAGUAAAAGCAUUGUUAUUGAUAUUAUUGUUAUUAUUUUGUAGCCAAAGUACAACAACUUAUUCUGGAAGUAGGGUGGCAAGGUUAAAAGCCAGAAUUGCACUGAAAGAACUUGUUUGUUGUUUUAUACUGUUUCAAGUAGUUCUGCUUCUGUUAUCACUCACAAAACUGAAUGUAUUUAUUAAAAUCUGCUUUACCGCUGUAAAUGACCUUACAUGUGUGAUGUAACUUCAUGUUUUUCAGCAAGAACGAUCAAAAAUAAAGAGUUUGGCUGAU